GUCGGCGCCGUAAAGCCGUCGAUGCCGUAUUCUUGUUUGACGGGAUAAAGAACAAUAAGCCCCGAGCAAAACCCCUCAGAUCAGAGCCACAGCCACAGCCACUGUCGCCGCUCGAGCCGAAGAAGGGGAAAAAAAUGGCGGCUCCCCCUCUCCUGCUCCGAUCUAGGGUUUCGUCUCGCCACAUUUCCACUGCUCUCCGAUGCCCCUUCUCCAAGAAGGCGAUCGGAUUCGAGGCGCCUCCACUCGCCCCCACCUCUCGCCGCGUUUCUCGCAUCCAAAGAUUACCAGCGAUUUCGGGGGCUCUGAUGUCGAUGUUGCCGCUCCACAGCGCGAUUGCUUCGGCUCGCCUUACAUCGAUACUCUCCGCGCAGUCUCAAAGCUGGGGAUUGAUUCCGCAAGGCAUCUCAAUGCCUUUAUGACAGCGCUAGGCGGCUCUCUGCUUGGCAACCUUGACACUUAGCAAAUCGGAGAUCGACGGCUUGUUUUUGAUGCUUUGUUAGUUCUUCAACUUCUAAAACUCCAAACAAAGCUCCUGAAAAGUUGCUUUCCUGGCUGGAAACAGCUUAUCUGAUAAGUUCUCAUCUUGUUUUCUAUCCUGCUUGUUACAUGUCGGUAUUUUCGACCGCAUUUCGUGGCUUUCAACAUGCCAAACAAUUGCCUUUUGAUAUAACAAGUUCUCUUCUUGGGUUUAUGAAUGUUAAAUGAAAGUGUUGGAGCACUAUCUCUUGGUUCA